UCCCAGUGCGAAAUCUAUGAUGUAGCUUGGUCGCCAUGUGGAGACUUCCUGCUUACUGGGGACACGGCCAAGACUGCUCGUAUCUGGAAUGUGACCGAUGGCCUAUGCAUCAAGCAAAUAACAGAACAUUUGAAUUUUGUACAAGGCGUGGCGUGGGAUCCUCUAGGCAAAUUUAUAGCGACGCAAAGCAGUGAUCGGCAGUCAUCUGUAGUCUCUAGUCAAACUAUGUCACCUUCGUCGUUACACCCCAUGCGGUCACCUUCACCGGUACCACCUUUACCUGCAAUUCACAUCCACGAAGACCACCGGCCAAGCACUGUCAUGUUGUAUGGAGACGAAGGGGCUAGCGCGUUUUUUCGUCGGUUGAGCUGGAGUCUGGACGGUUCGAUGCUAGUCACACCUGCGGGUAGAUGGGACUAUCAACCGAACUCGGGAGAUAAGCACAAGGCCAACGGAGAACCCAGUCACACUGUUUACAUUUACGGCCGUGGUAGUAUUGCUUCUAGCGCGAACAACGGUUUCGGUGAUUAUACUCCCGUUGCUAGAUUACCAGGACAUAAAACUAGCAGUUUGGCCAUUCGAUUCUCACCUGUUAAUGUCGAACAGCGAGAGACGGUAUUUGACUUACCUUACCGAAUGGUAUAUGCGGUUGCUACGCACGAUACUGUGUUUGUCUAUGAUACUCAACAAUCGAGCCCUAUUUGUAUGUUUGGAAACCUGCAUUUUUCCAGUUUCACGGAUCUCGCAUGGUCUUCGGAUGGCGAAACCUUGAUCCUAAGCUCUAGUGAUGGCUACUGUUCAUUAGUAGCAUUUGAUCAAAAUGAACUGGGUACACCGCUUUCCAAAGAGGCUUGCAGUCGAAUUACAGGAUAUCGUGAUCAUAUCCAAGACGAUCGUGAUCAAGAGUUAGCAAACAAAAUAUCUAGCCAAGCGGACAGUACCAAGAACGAUCCAACGCCUUCAGUGAUCUCCAGAAGAACAUCUGUUUCCAAUGAAGUACCAUCAAUGGUCAAAGUCGGUCGACCUGCACCAGAAGAUGCCUCUGAAGGGAAUCCACCAAAGAAGAAGCGAGUAGCUUUGACAUACGAAGGCCCUGUACGAUCAUAA